GGCUGGGGCUGGAGUGUCGGGGUCCUGGAGCCACACGCGGGUUCACCUCCUGGCUCUGUUGCGUAUUCGCUGUGUGACGUGGGUCAACUUUGGUUUCUUCAUUUGAGAAAAGACGGGGAAGACGGGCGGGUGGUAGGACGGACGGAAGCUUCCCUUCAGCCUUGCCCUAGUCGUUUCCCACAAACUACAGGAACGUGGUAGCUAGGGCCGUUGCAGGGGACCGUCCUCUUUGCGGCCUGUGAGCGAACGCGCCCUGGCCAGGGCCCUGACAGCAGACGUCCGUGUGCCGGCACCGCACUGAAGCCUCACGGCCUGACCUCGUUUCAUCCGCACAGACCUCAGCAGUUCUGUUUCCAUGUCUGUUUGGCAGAUGAGGAAACUGAGGCACGGAGCAGUUCAGUAACCUGCUGGAGGCUGCAGAGUGGGGACCGGAGCCCCGGGUUCCGGCUCCGCGGCAGCUCCACAGCCCGUCAGCUGCCGCCUCUUCAGGUAGGAGGGCUGGGCCUGGAACCUGGCCUGGAGGUGACUCUGCCGCCCGUGGAAGCCCCGCGACAUGUCUGGGAUGGUGGACGCGGGCGACCUGGUGCAGCUCCGGCAGCUCAACCUGGCGCUCCUGAGGCAGCUGUGGGCCGGGCAGGAUGCCGUGCGGCGCUCGGUGGCCAGGGCAGCCUCAGAGUCAGCCCUGGGCGCCAGCAGCUGGGACUCCCAGACCCCAUCAUCCCAGGAGAUGUCUCCAGUGGCCCUCAGAGCCUCCCGCCUGCAAGACGCCCAGCAGGACGCCCCCUGUGGUAUGUCCUGGCCCGGCGGGGCCAGCUCUGGGGUCACCUCUCUUCCGUCCACCAGGGACCGGUGCCCAGCAUCCCUGGGCUCGCCGAGGCCCUGCUCGGCACCCUUGCCCAUCUCAGAGCCAGACGACUCAGAGCUUUCAGCAGGGCUGGCCGGCUCAGUGCCCCAGGAGGCCCGGGCCCAGAGCUCCGUCCUGGACCGGCACAGCCAGCCGCCCAAGUCGAGAGUGACCUUCCGUGAGGAGUGUGCAGUGCCUGAUGGGAUCUGGCGCCUCAGGCCCUACUUGGGCUACGACUGGAUCGCAGGGUCGCUGGACAACAGCUCCCCCGUCACCAGCAAGCCCGAUGCCUUCUUCUCGGAGCUGAAGGAUUUCCGGGAGGCCAACAAGGAGGAGUGUGUUCACAGUGACCCUGAGCCCCGGCCCCCAGGCGUGCGGGAGAGCCGCAGCGUGGAGGAAGAACAUGCAUGUGUGUACUGUUACCACGUCAACCGACGCCUGUUUCUGGUGCCUUCCGACCCCGGCGUCCCCUGCCGCCUGUGCAAGACCCCCCGGGACCAGAGGGGCCCUGAGACCCUGCUGGAGCCCGCGCAUGUCAGGGUGAGCAUCCCGCUGUCCGUCCUCCACCCUCCACACCAGUACCGCAUCCACCGGCGGAAGAGCUUCGACGCCUCUGACACGCUGGCUCUGCCCCGGCACUGCCUGCUGGGCUGGGACAUUUUCCCUCCCAAAUCCGAGAAGAGCUCAGCCCCCAGGAGCCUGGACCUCUGGUCCUGUGUGUCCUCCGAGGCCCAGCACCGGAAGCUGCCCGCUGCCAGCCCUUCCCACCUGUGUGGUCAGGACCCCAGGCCUGCGCCCCCUGUGAAGCCCUGAGGACUGGCCAUUUAGAGGAGGAUGGAGCCGCGGCCACCAGCUGUAACCCGUCUUCUCCGUUAGGGCACCCGAGGAGGGAGCCCUGCCCGGCCUCAGCUGCAGGUGCACUUAAGCUCUGGCCUCCUAGGUUGGGCAGGUGGAGGGACCCAGGCCCUUGUCCCUCUUGGGGACAGAGCUGGGGAGGUGACAUGUUUGUAAAUAAAGCCCAUCCUUGUCUGUA